AUGAAUAAAAAAAAAAAGCUUAGUGAUGUUGUUAAUAAAAAAUUACAAGAUAAAAUUAAAGAGAACAAAAAUAGUAGUAUUAAAGUACACAAUGAAGCAAUGAAAUUAAUAAAUAAAGAAGUAAUAUUGGAUUAUAGUACUAAUAAAAUAGUAAAUAGUAAAUUUAUUUUAAACAAAUAUUUAAACAUUAUUAGCUAUCUUACAAAAGAAAAUUUAAAUUUAAAAAAGCAAAUAAAAAAAUAUAUUGAUGAGAAUAAUAAAAAAAAUGAUAUUAUCUUGCAAUAUGAAAACGAAAUAAAAAAUAAAAAUGACAUCAUCAAUAAGAUAACAGAAAAAGCACAACUCGAUAUAUCGAAAAAAGAAAUAAAUAAUAUAGAUAAUAAAAAGUCUCAUUCAAAAGAUAUUGUAAAUAUUUGUAAUGACCAACAUACAAUAGAAAUAGAACAUGAUAACAUUGAGACAAAAAAUGAUAAAGAAUAUUUCCCUCAAAAUAAUAAACUUGAUAAAAAUAUAAAUCAAGAAUGUAUAAAUAAAAACGAAGAUACUAAUAAAAUAAACAAUUUUGCUUUAACACCUAAUUAUGAUGAUUAUCCCAUAAACAAAUUUGAGCAAGAGCAAUAUAAUUCACAAAUAUGUGUUAGAAAAACUAUUAGCGAAAAUGACAAUGAUAAGGUAUCAAAUUUUAAUGAAACUAAUAUAUGUGUAAAAAAUAUUGACGAUACUAAUACACAAGAUAUAUGUGAUAAAAGCGAAUCAAAUUUAUUAACAAAUGAUAUUUAUAUAGAAAACAAAUUAUUCGAUAACAAUAAAAACAACGAUGAAUUAAGUUUUGAAAACGACCAUUCUAAUUUUUUUAUAAAAGAUAUUAAAAAAAUAAAGAAUAAUGAUAAAUGUAUUGAUGAGUUAGAUUCCCUAUUGCGCAAUAAUAUUCAUAAGGAAUGUUAUAACUCUUUUGAUGGUACUAAUAAUGAGGAUUUUUUAAAAAAUGUAGAAAAAUUCGAAAGUUAUCAUAAAAAAUGUAAAGAAGAAUAUAAAAAAAUAGAUUCCAUCAAUUGGUAUAUUAAUGAGAAAUCGAAUAAUUCAAGUGAGUUUGGAAGAAAAGAACAAAAAGAAGAUACAAAAGAAGCGAAAGAAGGUGAUAUUGAAAAAGAUGAAAGAAAAAACAAAGAAAUAUAUAACAUAAAUGAACCAGUUAAUUUUCUCAAUCACAAAUCAAUAACAUAUAAUGUAUUUAAAACGAAUAAUUCCAAUAAUAAAAAUAACAAAUUUGACGAAAUAAAACGAGAGACUAUCGAUAAAAUGAAUGCAUUACCAACAGAUACACAAAUGAGCAAAGACAAUAAAAAUACUAACGAAAAAAUAUUAUGUAGUAAUGAUAAUAUUGACAUAAGUAGUGAACAGGAUGUUCCCAAUGAUCUUAAUGAUAGUUAUAGCACAAAAGAAUCAAAUGCGUCUGAAGUAGAAAAAAUAAAUGAUUCAGAAGAUGAAGGGGAUGAAGAUCUUGAAAACAUUAUGUCUACUAUAUUAAAAUUACGAAAAAAAGAAUAA